ACUACUCCUCUCCUUGUUACGCUUUCCCCAUCCUAGUUCUGCAAGCUGUUUACCUCUCUCAAUUCAUCCCUUACAUUUCUGUUUCUUUUGUUGCGACUCGUUGCUUUUCACAGCAAGCGUUCGUAGUCCUUCAUUGUUUGUUGUGGCGAGCUGCUCUGAAUAGCUCUUCACAUCUUGACAUUUUGUGGAUUUACAUCUCCAUUUGACAACCCAACAAGCAUCAUAGCGAAAUGGGAUCGAUCGUAUCAGUAUCUUCAAUUCCCACCAUACUUCCCGUGUCCGGGCAGGUUCUGAUUCCUAGCCAGUGCCCAUCAGCGCAGAGGCGACAUCGUGUCCAUCGCUCGAACUCACUUACUCACGAGAAGCCACUUCGUAUCCAUCACAAGAAAUUUGCGGAGAUAUGUCGAAAUGACCAAGAAAAGACAACGUUUUCGCGAUCUUGUUCAGAUCAUGUGCUUUGUCAGCGCAAGGAUCGACUGGAAGUUGAGACUCCCGGCAAGGUUAUGGCCAAGCCUUCUAACAGGCUCAAAUGCCCAAGGGCUUGACUUCAGCAGUCAUGGGAUACAGGUUGUAGAGGUUGUACAUUAUGUCUGUAAAAUGUCGCGAAGUAAUAAACCCUAACAUGACUAUAGA